AUGGUACUUACAGUUGUAAAUAUGCACCAGAAUUCCCAGGUGAUUACACAGUUGACAUUAAACUUAAUGGUGAUAAAGUUGGUAAAGCACCAUAUGAAGUUUGUGUUGGAGAGGGAGUUGAUAAUCAAAAAUCAGGAGUUGAUUGCUUCCAAUUUACUAUUCUUGCUAAAAGUAAAAGAGGAGGACCUGUUAAACCAGGUAAUGCUAAAUUCUCAGUUAAAAUUAUUCAUGAAAAUGGAACAGAAAUUCCACAAGAAAAUAUUGAUAUCAAAAAUUUGA